AUGUCAGGAAUUCCAACAUACACCUCUGCGCCCGUGAAUCCAAACAAGGAACACGACACAACAGCCGCUAAAGCCCCCGAACCUGAACCCGCCACCGCAACGACCGAUACUUCAGUCCCUGCCCCAGCCCCAGUCCCAGUAUCAGCAACAGCCACUGCACCCUCUUACUCCCCAAUCUACGCAACAGCCCAAGACCCACAACCAGCCACCGCUGCCGCUGCAAGCUUACCAGCUCCAACAGCUACGGCUGCAGCCUCGAACACACACGCUCCAACCGCAACAACAACGCAGCCUAUCCCUUCAUCCUCAACCUCAACCUCAACUUCACCCCCAGCACCACAACCGGGCGCAAUCCCCACACCCCCAGUAGCAGGGUAUACACCUACAGCUGCAUCGCCUGUCCCCCCACCUCCAAAAGCAGGACAGCUGCCACAGCCACAACCUCAAUCUACUCACGCCGCACCUGCAGCAUUCACCCAAUCCUACUCCUACCAGCGUCCCUCCGUAUCAGGAGCCUCUACAAUCCCAAACUCAACCUCAACACCCUAUUCGUCUGUUUACCCUGAACAACAACCUCAACGAGCAGGAGCAGGAGCAGGUCUACCACAUCACUAUCGUGGUGGAGGUGGCGGGGCGAAUAAUAUUUUUCCCGAUGAGGAAGAGGGAUUCUUGAGUUCGGCGAGGGGUUGGAUGCAGAGUGCGGGUAAUAAAUUGGCAGAGGUGGAGGCUGAGGUUUGGAAGAGGAUUAAUGAUGCGCAUGGGGGCGAGAAGGGGAAUUGA